AUGGGGGAGAACGUAUUUGAGUUGCUGACCGCUCAACAGAAUUGCAUCCUAGUCAAUUCUACAUCUGUGGAAGGAGUUCCUGAAAUCAAUGAAGUCGAGGUCGUUCUAGGCCAGUUAUCUUGGGACGAGUUGCGCUGCGAUGACAAUCUCGGUUGCUACUUGAAUGCCAUCAAUAAGUCGAAAUCUUCUCGUGUGGAUGGCGAUUUUAUCGAACAUGUCCAGCUGGUUUGUCCUCCUAUAGACGAAGUCUUCUCCGUCAAUUUCAGAGAUCAUCUUGAAGAAUCGUCACCACCACAAAAGGAUCAAGAGGAUGACGAUGCGUAA